AUGGCUACGUUUAUAUGCAGGGUACAGUUCUUAGAUGAUACUGAUCCAUUUAACAGCACCAAUUUCCCUGAGCCCACCAGACCACCUCUCUACACGUUCAGGGAAGAUAUUCCUCUGAUAAAUCAGAUUGCUGGAGUCCACCGGCUGCUAAAAGCCCCACAGAAGCCCGAUGACUGUGCCCUUCAGCUGUCCCAUAAUGGAAGCUACCUGGACUUGGAGUCUACCCUGGCAGAGCAGAGAGAUGAGCUGGAGGGAUUUCAGGAGGAAGGAGGGAGAGGCAAGAAACACAGCAUUAUUCUUCGAACACAGCUAUCAGUCAGAGUUCACGCCUGCAUUGAAAAACUCUACAACUCGACUGGAAGGGAGCUACGACGAGCCCUCUUUUCCCUCAAGCAGAUUUUUCAGGAUGACAAGGACCUGGUGCACGAGUUUGUGGUGGCAGAAGGACUGACAUGCUUGAUCAAAGUGGGAGCUGAAGCCGACCAGAACUACCAGAACUACAUCCUCAGGGCUCUUGGUCAGAUUAUGCUGUAUGUGGAUGGGAUGAACGGCCUCAUAUCUCACAAUGAAACGGUCCAGUGGCUUUACACCCUGGUCGGAUCCAAGUUCCGUCUGGUGGUGAAGACGGCACUAAAGCUGCUGCUGGUGUUUGUAGAGUACACAGAGUCUAAUGCCACCCUGUUGAUAAAGGCUGUGAAUGUCGUGGAUGCCAAAGGAGGCACAAAACUGUGGUCAAACGUCAUGGAGAUCCUUGAUGAGAAGGAUGGAGUGGAUACAGAGCUGCUGGUGUAUGCAAUGACACUCAUCAAUAAGACUCUGGCAGGUCUCCCGGACCAGGACUCCUACUAUGACAUGGUGGACUGUCUGGAGGAACAGGGCAUCGAAACCAUGGCCCAGAGACACCUGAGCAGGAAGGGCACGGAUCUCGACCUUGUAGAACAGUUCAACAUCUAUGAGAUGACUCUUCGUCAUGAGGAUGGUGACGAUGAAACCCAGUUGCCUCCCAGCGGCCGAAAGGACCGUCGACGGGCCAGUGUUGGCGCUAACAACGAAAGGCGGGGCCUGGAGAGAAGACGCAGCCGGAGACAUUCGCUCCAGAAUACCAGAGGCCAUGUUUCUGCCCCAGCAUCACCCAGCAGCCCACACACUCAUGCAAGCAGCUUCCUGCCCUUCGGUGGCCAGGGUGUUGAAGACAUCAGUGAAAGAAUCACUGCCAAUGGUACUCCAUACCCUGGCAGGCACCAGGCUCCUGCAUCACCCAUCCAUCGCUUCUCUGGUUCAGCGGCCUCCACACCAGACUCCAAAGCUGACAGACCCGCUUUGGGGGGCUUACUAACUUCAUCGUACAGACAGCAUCAAGAAACGCUGGCCGCAGAGAGAGAGCGGAGACGCAUGGAAAGAGAAGAGCGUCUGCAGAGAAUCGAAAGAGAGGAGAGGAAUCGCUUCAAUCGAGAUUAUGUAGACAAGAGGGAAGAAGCAAGACAAGCCAGAGAGGAAAGAUACAAGGCCGUGGAGAGGCUCGCUGCAGAGGAGUUUGAGCGGGAGCGCCCCAGAGUGCCAACGAGAGGACGGACUGAGAUCACUUUGUGUUUGAGUUCCAACCCUGCCAGCCGCUCAGCGCCUCGCUGUGCCACACCCUCAUCCAUCAUCUCACCGGAAGACACCGUCACCAGUGCACACCAGACAUCAGGUAAGACCAGAACCAAAAGUCCAGCGCCAGAGUUAGCAGUAUCAGAACCUUCCCCCACACCUCCCCCCGAGCCAGAAAAGCAGCAGACUGAGACAGAGUCGCCUGCGGAGACAGAGGAUGUUGCUGAGUCUGACCAGAAUGUAGUGGCAGAGCCGGCGUCAGAUGAACGGUCAGGCAUGGAGCAGGAAGAGAGGCAAGAGCAGGAGAAACUUGAGGAGCAGAAACAGUGCAUGGAUGAGGCAGCGGUAGAAGAACAGGUAGAGGAAGCAGAGGUAGCUGAUGUAGCAGAGGUGGGACAGCCAGAUGUGGAGGUGGAUGUGGAGCUAGAGGAGGAGUGUGAGAAGGAGCAGCCGACGGAAAGGGAUGUAGAAGAUAGUGUACUGCUGAGUGAGAAGGAGAGACAGAAUGAGGAAGUGAAUGAAAAAGACAACUGCUCUGCAUCCAGCAUCUCCUCUACGAGUAGCACUCUGGAGAGGGAGGAGCGGGAGGAGAAGCUCACCACCGACACUGAAGCAGCUCAAUGGACUCAGUGCAUUAAAGACGCAGAUGUGAACGACCAGUGCAGCAAAAUUCUCAACAGCAAGCGCUUCAUGCUGGACAUGCUCUAUUCUCAGACGACAACCAGCAAGGAUGAGGGGAAUGUAGGAGAAACAGACAAAGAAAAAUGUAAAUGUGAGAAGGAGACGGAGGUCAGUGACUCCUCUGUGGCUAGUUUGGCCAGCAGGAUCUCCACACUGGAGGCUAAUAGACAGGCCAGAGAAGAAAAUGUGAAAAAAAUGGAGGUGGGUCACCUGGACAACCAGGGCAGUGUCCGAGCAGUGGCGGAGAGGUUUGGAGAUUUGGUCAAAGGUUUAACAUCUCCUCUUGAAGUGGAGGCCUCAAAAGAGCAACAGCAGCAGCAGCAGACUGACAAAUCAUCAACCGCUGCAUCGUCAGCUUUACCUCCUAAGAAAGAGUCGGAUUAUAUCUGGGAUCAGCUAAUGGCUGCUCCCAGGGAGCUGCGCAUCAAAGAAAUGGACUUCACAGACCUGAGGGACGAGGAUGACUUGGACAUUUUAGAUAUGGACAGUGUGAUGGGGUCAGGUGACCUGAUACCACCGCCUCCUCCUCCACCGUGCAAUGCUGCCCUGCCACCACCCCCACCAUUGUUUGGGUGCCCCCCACCUCCUCCCCUGCUUGGCAAAAUGAUGCCGCCACCCCCACCAUUCAUGGCCCCUUUCCCUCCACCCUCCCCUCAGCUCAGUCGAGGGGAGGUGCCUCUAUUCCAGAAGAAGAAGAAGACCAUCCGUCUCUUCUGGAACGAGGUGCGUCCUGUGGACUGGCAGUGUAAGAGCCAUAAAUUCUGUAAGGAGUCCCUCUGGUCCAAACUGGAGCCAGUUAAACUGGACACAUCCAAGCUGGAGCAGCUGUUUGAGUCCAAAUCCAAGGAGCUGCCUGUCACGAAGAAAGCAGCUGUUGAUGGCAAGCGACAAGAAAUCAUAGUCCUGGAUUCAAAACGAAGCAACGCUAUAAACAUUGGCUUGACUGUCUUACCUCCUCCACGCACAAUCAAGACUGCUAUCCUCAACUUCGAUGAGUACGCACUAAACAAAGAGGGCAUUGAGAAAAUCCUGACAAUGAUCCCCACAGAGGAGGAGAAGCAGAGGAUCCAGGAGGCUCAGCUGGUCAACCCUGAUAUUCCCCUGGGUAGCGCUGAACAGUUCCUUCUCACCCUCUCCUCCAUCACCGAGCUGUCUGCUCGCCUGCAGCUGUGGGCAUUCAAGAUGGACUAUGAGCUUAUUGAGAAGGAGGUGGCAGAGCCUCUGCAGGACCUGAAGGAAGGGAUGGAUCAGCUAGAGAAAAACAGGACACUCCGCUACAUCUUGACCACACUGCUGGCCAUUGGAAAUUUCCUCAAUGGCACCAAUGCUAAGGGCUUUGAGCUGAGCUACUUGGAGAAAGUCCCAGAGGUGAAGGACACGGUUCAUAAGCAGUCUCUGCUGCACCACGCCUGCUCCAUCGUGGUUGAGAAGUUUCCAGACAGCACUGACCUCUAUUCUGAGAUAGGAGCUGUCACCCGCUUGACAAAGGUGGACUUUGACCAGCUUCAAGACAAUCUGGCCCAGAUGGAGCGAAAGUGCAAAGCAUCAUGGGAUCACCUCAAGGUCAUUGCGAAACAUGAGAUGAAACCAGCGUUGAAACAGAAAAUGUCCGACUUCCUCAAAGACUGUGCAGAGAGAAUUAUUAUUCUGAAGAUUGUACAUCGAAGAAUUAUCAACAGGUUUCAUGCCUUUCUGCUGUUCCUGGGCCAUCCGAUAUACGCGGUACGUGAGGUCAGCAUUCAUCGCUUUAGCAAGAUCCUGAGUGAAUUUGCCCUGGAGUAUCGCACCACGAGAGAGCGUGUGCUGCAACAGAAACAGAAGAGGGCCAACCACCGAGAGAGGAACAAGACCAGGGGAAAAAUGAUAACAGAUAGUGGUAAAUUUGGCAGCGCCCCAUCAGAUGCACAGGAGAGCCAGCCUCAGGGUAUCCAGUAUGCUGAAGAUGCAGCUGAACAUGAGAACAUGAAGGCCGUGCUGAAGAGCAGCCUGCAUGGCGGGGAGAGUGGGACGUCCACGGUGCCGGGCCUCCGUACACGCACCAGAGCUGGCAGCACCAGAGGUCACUCUCGGCGUAUUCCCCCAUGGUGCUCUGGCAGUGACGACCCAGUGAACUGCACAGACGACACAGCUGAUGAGAUCAUGGAGAGGAUUGUCAGGUCAGCCACUCAGGGGCCCAGCCAGCGGACUCAACCUCGAGAGAGGAGACGAUCUCGAGCCAACCGAAAAUCAUUGAGAAGGACACUGAAGAAUGGUUUGACAACAGAGGAGGCCAAUGCUCUCGGUUUGUCCAGUGGUUCAGAGAUGCAGGUAUGAGCUGGGCCUGGAUCCCACCGGACAUUAAGACGUCUGGAAGCCCUUUCACUGCCCCCUCCAACCCACUGCACUCCAACUUGGCACUAAAAUCCCCCGCUAGCUUUGAUGAGUUGAUCUCAUCUUUAUGCGUUUGGUUUACAUAGGCUUGACGCAAGUGCUUCCUGAAGAAAGUGGAUAAAAAGCUGAACACGAUUUUAUUCAUGAACUGCAGGGCCAGAGAGAGCAGAAACAGAGCGCUGCAUUCAAACCACUAAGCUUUGCUGUUGCUGGAUAAACAUCGAUGAUCUGCAUUCACAAGGCUUAAUCACCAUCAUCCUUCGAACCUGACAUUGCUCACAAAUACCUGCGCAAAAGCGUAUUUUUUAAGGCCAAAGGUAUCGAAAGUUGGCAGUGCAUAUGCUUCAAUCUCAGUGGCCUUGACUGAAUCAAGAGGGCAAGAGGUGUGGUACAGACACUAAACUCCACUAACUGUGUUUGCUUUGGUUUAGUGUCAGCCCUGCAGCUUUAGUGACAAAUUGAAGUGAAAGACAUUUCAUCUAUUGUAUAGAUGGUUUUGUGCAGAGGGUUAUUCUGUUAUAUACUACUGUGGUAGUUUUGUGUUUCUAUUCAUUUUGCUCAAGAAGGUGCUCAAAUAAGGAACAAUUGCACUGGAUGUAAAAGUUGGGUAUCAAUGGAAUGUGAAAUCCUUGACACUGAUGAACCACUCUGACAUCUGAAUCUGAAAAUAUACUCAACAGUUUUACCAGCAAUUUAACAGUAGCACAGUUUUUAAUGUUUAAUCCAAGUCGACAGGUUCAAAGCAAGUGUGCAUUAGUUUACUGGGUACGAACAAAUUUAUCAGAGAGACAGUGCAACUAUUUUUAAAGACCACGAGGAGAAAGAGAAUGUUAAUGUGGUUAAGACUGGUAAUACCACUAGUUUCAGACUAAUGCUCAUCACGCAAACAUUUUUAGCUUAAGUAAACCUAGACAAGUUGUAUCAUGUGACCUAUUCUCACCAAUGGACUGAACAGUUGGGGACAGCUUGAGGAAGGCGGGCACAAUGUUACAGGUGUGCGAUCUUCGUAAGAGUUAUGUAGUUUUAUUUUGUAGAAACUAUGAGCUGCACAUUUCAGAGUGCCUUUCAGAGACAGUUAUUUAUUAUGACGUUUUCAGGGACAUAUAAAAUCAAGAAAAUGUUACUACAAAUGUGCGGUCUGUAAGGGGCGAGAGGAUCAUAUUGCAAUCAUUUGUGAGCUGUGAUUUAUUUUCACCCAGUGUUUUUAAACUUGUCUUGGCUAAGCUUUCAGUUUUUUUUUUUUCCCACGUUAUAUCUUGGAUCAAAUAGUUUGUUAUGAAGCUUUAAAAUAUUAAUAACAAUUUAGGGAUUGGUUAUGCACAUUAGCUGUAUCCUGUUGCCUUACUGUAGAAUACGGGCUUGCGUUGUUCCACUUUAGUCGAGAUCUAGGUAAAAUAUAACAAUUAAAAGUAGAUCAGACCAAAUUAACGUGUAGUUCAACUGGCAUCACUGGAGAUCUCGGUUUGUCAUUUUCAAGACACAUAAAGUAUUCCUUCAUUAUUUAACUAUGAAUGUGAACAUCAGGGGUUACAUGAUAAUUAGUAAUAUGGACGCACAUAAAAUAUCCAUAAUUUAUCUACUUUAAAACAUGUAAAUCUGUAAUGAACUGAAUAAGAAGGAGCCCGCAGUUUAACCUUUUUGAUUAUGUGGGUAUGCUUUUGAACUAUUGAUGAGCUCACUGUGCUUUUGAUUAAUUUAGAAUGGCCUUGGCUACACUAUAACAGCAUAAUUUAAAUCUAUCCAAUCGCAAAUUUUCACUGUGAUGGAAACAUAGCCAUUGAGAGAAACAAGAUUCUAGAGCAACAUCAUGCUAAAGCUACGUAAAACCACACCAGCAGUACGUUUUUGUUUUGUUUGUUUUAUUUAGAAUUUACUGAAAACUAUUCAGCACCUUAGACUCAAUGUGUAGCAUGCAACUUAGAACUGAAGUUACGAGGGAAGAGCUCAUCGUUUCCCGGAUUGUACUGACUUUUGUCAAAAACAAGACACAAUAGAUGUGUAAAGUAAUAUAGGGGGAAUGCUGUAAAAUGAUGUACAUGUCAUGACAAUGUCUUUAUGUUCUUCUGUUUUUUUUUUUUUUGCUCUAUGUGUAGAAUAGUGUAUUAUAGACUAAAAAAGCAGUAUUAUUCUAAAUAUAAUUUAAACAAACCAAGCCAUGCAUGGUUUAAAAAGGUGUCACUUCUGCUUGAUACAAAGGGAGGUUCACUUUGGUUCUCAGAGCUGUAGGGUUUGUGUGCGUGUUAUUAAAACUUUUUACUUCACAGACUGAUCAUAUUUACCAGCUACUCCUGUGGAAUCCCUUAGAAGCCUUUGAUUUCAUUGCACUCAACAUUUUCCUCUUUUCAUUUAACAUUAGCCCACCACACACAUUGCUGCCUGUGCCAUAACAUCACUGUGGAACUUGGACACAAGCGCUAUACAACCAAGGCUUCUAUUGCGUCUAUGUGCCCACAGCAAAAACUAUGUAACAACUACAAUAAAAAGGCUCAUUAAAACAUUGUUUCUUUUAAUCUUCUUUCAGAUGUGUUGUUUUGGCUUAGAAUCUGGGUUUCCUCCAGGAAGAAGUUAACUUCACAUUUAACUAUUUCAGAGAAGAAAAAUCAAACCAAAAAAAGAAAAAACUUAAGCCUCUUUAUUUUUAGUCCACACAACCCAUGCUUCAAGUCACUUUAUGUUCAAGAGCAUACAGAGGUCGAUGACAAGCUUAACAAUACAGCUCAUCUGGUGUUCACACAUGGCCAUCAUACAGACCUCAUUUGGUCUUGUUUAAAAUUCCUAUGUCCACAGGUGUUAUGGAGCUAAAUGUGAUUAUGGUUUGCUUUUAAUAAAUUGCAGAGACAUUACAAUGAACAAGACAGCUACCUAAAAAAGGGGGGAAGUAGGAAAUACAACUGAGCAUCAAAAAAAGGAAAAAAAAAAAAAAAAA